UUCAUUUAUUUCUCUAUUUGUCUCUUUCACUUUCUCUCUCUCAGCCACCGACAUGCCAUCAUCUUCACCCGUCGUCGUGUCACCCCAUCGCCGAAGACGAUCUUUCCUCAUCGGUUCUUCCUCGUCAUCAUCACCAAAACCAUGGUCACGCUGGCAUCGACGGCGCCACUGCCUCGGUUAUGUUAUGGCCACACUACUCUUGCUCUCUUCUGCCGACGUGGGGCGAUGUCGUGCUGACAAAUUUACCAACAAUGCCAACAGUGACAACACCAAUAGCAACAACAACAAUAACAACCACAACAAUGCAAAUCAUCAUUCGAAGAAUGAGCACAACAAAUUGCAAGCGCUUUUGAAACUGAACUACAAGGAUUCGGACAGCGGGCGAGACCGUACGGAAACCACCCGCGGGAUGUUCUUGGCAGGUAGCGCCGUUAAGAGUGUGUCAGGUUUACUUAUACAUGUUCGAUCAGGCAAUAAUUCCUUUGGAUGUACCACUAUUGAUAACCCGCCGCCCCCGAGCGUAAAGCAGUGGAUUGCUAUACUCAUGAAAGGUGGCUGUGAUUUCAUCGACAAAAUCCGGGUAGCGGCUGCUUUCAAUGCCUCGGCUGCGGUCAUCUAUGACGAGAAAAACGGGCUACAACCUGUCUUUGCUAACAGACACGAUGCAGACGGUAAGUUGUUGUUGUUUAGCCCACGGUCAGUCCUUAUCGAAUUGACCUUACUACCAAAGAUAUUUCAACUUUGUUUUUUUCAAACAUAA